AUGUCUUCGCUUUUAGUAGGACGGCUAGCUGUUGUUACAGGAGGAGGAUCCGGAAUUGGCAAAUCGAUUUGUCAAACACUUGCCGCCAAUGGUGCUCGAGUAAUUGUUUCGGAUUUGAAUGAAAAGUCUGCAAAAGAAUCCCUUGCGACUUUGAGAGGUGAUGGUCAUCAAGCUGUGGUUUGCGAUGUUUCUGAGCCAGACAGUGUAAAGACACUUUAUGAAAGUGCCAUCAAAGUAGGAAAUCCUUCAGUUCUGGUCAAUUGUGCAGGAAUUACUCAGGAUUCAACUCUAUUGAAAAUGACACCCAACAAAUGGGACAGCGUAAUUAAAGUCAAUCUGAACAGUAUUUUUCACGUAUCGCAAGCGUUUGCUCGUCAUUCAGUUACAGAACAAUCUCCCUUAUCCAUCAUUAACAUAUCAUCAAUUGUUGGCAAAACGGGAAACUUUGGACAAACUAACUAUGCAGCGACCAAAGCAGGUGUUAUUGGGUUUACAAAAUCAGCUGCUAAGGAACUUGCCAAAAAAAAUAUACGAGUUAACGCAAUUUUGCCUGGAUUCAUCAAAACUCCAAUGACAGAAGCUAUGCCGCCGAAUGUUUUGGCCAACAUUUGUGCUGGAAUCCCAAUGGGCCGUAUGGGAGAAACUGAAGAAAUCGCAAACUCGGUGCUUUUCUUAGCAUCUGAUCUUUCAUCAUAUGUUACUGGAAUUACUCUUGAAGUUACUGGUGGAUACAAUAUGUAA